GCCAUGGUGCAACACCAACGAGUAACUUGAAUGUUUUACUGAAGAAAAAGCGAUUUUGUCCGUCCGCCUUGGUAGCUACCAACUGGCUAUCUGUGGAGAUUAAGAUGUCAUCCGUUCUGGCUAAUGGUUCUUUAUAGUUCCCUACUUCCGUGGAUGCUCAUGUUUUGUGAGGUAGAAAUCAUCACCUGAUAUCACGUACAGAAACAUAACAAGAUCAAGAUGACCUCUAAAGCGAAAGUCGGAAAAGUUGGUUCCAAAAGUAAGGAGGAUGCUCCUCAUGAGCUGGAGAGUCAAUUUAUUCUGCGGCUUCCUCAGGAGUAUGCCUCCACAGUGAGACAGAUUGCUCAGUCUGGCAGCAUGAAUCUUAAAGACAGACUCACUAUAGAGUUGCAUGCCGAUGGCCGCCACGGGAUUGUAAGAGUGGAUCGUGUCCCUUUAGCUUGUAAAUUAGUAGAUUUGCCCUGCAUCCUGGAGUCUUUAAAAACAGUUGACAAGAAGACCUUUUAUAAGACUGCUGACGUCUGUCAGAUGUUAGUCUGCACUCUUGAUGGAGACCUCUACCCCCCUCUAGAGGAGCCCACUGGCACUACAGACUCCAAAAGCAAGAAAAAGGACAAGGACAAAGACAAGAAGUUCAUCUGGAACCACGGCAUUACCUGCCCUCUAAAGAACACGAGAAAGAGGCGAUUCAGAAAGACUGCGAAGAAGAAGUACAUUGAGUCUCCUGAUGUAGAGAAAGAGGUAAAGAGGCUCCUGAGCACAGACUCUGAGGCCGUCAGUGUCCGAUGGGAGGUGAUUGCUGAGGAUGAGACCAAAGAAGCAGAUAAUAAUCUGUCUCUCUCCAAUCUGGACUCCUCACCUGGAGUCUCUGGCCACAAAAGCCAUGGCUCAUCAGCUCCGCGUGAUGAACUUCGGGAGAUUUUUAACGAUAUCAGCAGCAGCAGCGAAGACGAGGAAGAUGAAGGUGACCGGCACGAGGAUGAAGACCUAAAUAUUGUGGACACGGAAGACGACAUGGUCGGUCAGAUCAAUGAGAAGCUCAGUGAGUCUGAUGGAGGAAGAGACGAGAAUGACAGAAACAACCAAAUCGUGAUGGAGUUCCAGGUGCAGAUCAACAGUGUCAAGGCCAAGCUACAGGAGACGCGCGCCCGUAAGAAGCAGCAAGAGGAUUUGAUCAUGAAGGUGGAGAAUCAGGCUCUAAAGAAUCGCUUUCAGGCACUGCUGAACGACAUUAUCCAUCAAGAGGAGCGAGAGAUGGAGCAGCUGGCCUCCCUGCAAGAGCAGCUGGACUCCUUGAUCGAGAAAUGACCACCAGAGGGCAGCGCAAUGUCUGACUAGUUUGGCAUCCACUGCUAAAUGAAGAACAAUGUUUUUUUUUUUUUAACUUUUAAAUAAAUCCACUUUAAACAAUAAAAGUGGUAUAGGAACCA